UUUCCUAAUUUACAUAUUAAGACAAACCCCAAAUCCUUUUUCGCAGAUAAAUUACUCGAUAAUUAGUAACUACUAAUAAUAUUGAAAAUGAGAAGGGGGCAUUACAGGGGUGAUUCAGGCGGCCGUGGCCGGGGCCGUGUUGGUGGUCGUGGCGCAUACGGAACCCAAUUGAAUCAGCAGCAGGAAAACAGGUCUGGAUAUCAACAAGGACGUCACCAAGAGCAGCAGGAGAAGGACCCUAAUCAUCAUCACAACCAAUGGAGAUGGGAAAGAGACGGAGGUCACAAUAAGUUGCCUAUGGAUUCCAUGUCACCCCGUGCAUCAUUUGACGAAGGUCAAGGAUAUCAAGCUUCUAGAUCCUACUACCAAGAUCAGAGGCCGGAUCCUCAGAUGCUAUUAGAAAAACAAAGUGGUAGUGAUCCCAGACAUCUGCCUCGCGAAGAGGAUAUGGACAUAGGAUACAAAGACAAUAGCAUGUCACAGACUUUUGAAGGUCUUGAGCAGAGAUUCCUUGAUGACAUCAUGAAACUGAGUAAAGAACAAACUGAUGCAGAGGAUGCUGAAAAUGCUAGGCAUCGGGAGGUUUGUUCAUCAUAAUACUCUUUUUUUCUUUUAUUUAUUAAAUUUUAAGUUGACAUGGUUUUAAUAUGAAGCUAAAUAUCCAAGAAAGCAUGUUCUAUUGUUGCUAGAAGGUUAUGAGAUCAGUUUCAAAAAAAAUAAAAAAAAUACUUGUAAUAAAUAGGAACACAAAUUUAUAAUUUUUACAAGGGUAAAGCUAAACUAGUAAAAAAAUACUUAGGUAGAGACCAUUUUCGUAAUUAUUUUGUAUCAUGUUUGUUGGCACGUAAUGCCUAAUGGUUUGGUCUUGAUAUACCAUCCUCUACAGUUUGGUUUUAAACAUUCACCUGCAUUAUGAUUUAUAAAUCUACUGCGAUUGUAUACACAAUUGAGAUUCCAACUACUCAAGUAAUCAAUUUCGGUGACAAGGACUAUGCAAUAAAAUCUUAAGAUGUUUUUUACCCCCGAGAAAUGACCAUUCAGGUAAAUAACAAAGCAGGCUAUUUGAAACGAAAGAAUGGAUACUUUAUGGUAAAAUUCAAACAUUCUUUUAAGGAUACAAAUAUCAAUACCCCAAAGUUAUGGAUGGACUUCAUGUUGGUAUAUGGUGCUUUACAAAUUAAAUUUUAUUCAAAUUGUGAUUCUUCUGCCCAUGCCAUUGGGAUAUUCCUUAUAGUUAGAUUUAAAACAUGCUUUUUUAUUUAUGAAGUGACAUUUAUCCUAUGAAAUUGCAAUAUUAAGUUGGUUUAUUGAUAUGUUCAAGGUUGCUCCAACUUUUGGUACAUCUGUCAUAAUUGGUGAUAGAGAAGCCAUUAUUCACAUCAACAAAAACAGUCAGUAGAAAAAAAUAAAAAAUAAAAAUCCAAGUAUCUCCUCCAACCAAAGUUCAAGCUUCACUUUUGAUCUUAUGGUGGAGUUUGUAUGCAUCAAAGCUGCUUGAGAGCAGCUGAUCUGUUCAUGCAGACAACAAAUUUUAUUAUUAUUAUUAUUAUUUUUUCACCAUGUAGUCCAGUUGAAUUAAGGUUUACUUUAUUCAUACGGCAGCAUCUUGUGAACAAUGAACUGUUAGGGAAACUUUAGUGUUGGUCAACAGUCUUUAUUUUGUUUCAAGUUUGUCAGUGAACUUAAAACAUUGUGACAAUUGGGUCAUUGAAAUUAAAUGUUGAUUACUG